CUGAUCCGUCUCAGUUUGAAAAACUGAAAAGCUAGAAAAAUCUUAUUUACGAGUCCUCUAGCGGACCAGGACGAAACGCUUCUCUUUCUUUUCUUCCUCCAACCCUUCCAGCUGGUCGGAUUACUUUAUUCUGUCAUCUUGUAUGGUCAAUUGGUGUUGCCAUUUUUUGUAUAGUUACACCAGCUAGGGAUUUCCAGAUCAAUCUAGUUAUGUACCAGAAUAACAGUUAUUUUUUCUUUUGUACUAAACAAGGCGGCUGACGUUUUCAUUUGGUUUACGUUUGUUUUCAUUUGGAAUUUCGAAUACAUCUUUGGUGACCUCCACCGUGCAGUUUAGUUUCAGAAUACAGAGUUUCCGAGCACUGUUUAUAAUAUUUCAUAAUAUCGUGAGUUUUUCAUAAUUAUUGAGGAUUCAGAAAUAGAUAGCAACAUGACUGAUUUUAGUAACAGUGCGAUUAAUUUUACAACUGGUGAAUUCUAUCCAGUUGAUAUCAAGACUGAAUUUGAAGAAAAACCUGGUCCCAUCACUUUCAGUGGAGAUACAAGUUUUGUACUCAGUGAAGCAAAUUCAGGGUCAGAUACUGAUAGCAGUGUGCACCCGCCACCUGUAAAAAGACGUCAUUUGAUGCAGUUGUGCGAUUCGUGGCUGACAAAUCCCUUUCUUGCAUCAUGGUUGGGAAAAUCUGAUAAAAUCCCCUAUGGAGCGGAAUGCCUUGUGUGCGGGAUACCGCUGCGAGGAGGGAAGAAUGAUCUUCUAAGGCACAGCCACACCAAAAGACAUACAGAGUGCAUGGUCUUAGCUGGAAUGCAAUUCUCAGAGUGCAUGUCUUCCCACAGUGGUAGUGAAACUAGCGGCAUCGAAGAUAGGAACUCGAUUAAGAAAACAGAGAUAAGAUAUGUAUUAGACAUAGUGAAUCAUGGUAGAAGCUUUUAUGCGCAUAAACAAUAUUUUCCUAUCAUUCAGGCAGCGCAUGCUGAUUGCGAGUGUGAAAGUCUCAGAAAAAUGAGACUGAAAAGAACUAAAAUUAAGGCAAUAAUAAAAAAUGUUCUUGAUAAGACAAUCAUAGAGACGAGGACGAGAAUAUUGAAAAAAAAAUACUUUUCGGUACUGAUCAAGGAAAGUACAGAUUUAUCUGCCUUAUGUGUUUUAGCCCGAUACACGCAUGAGGGAAAAAUAGAAACUUAUCUAUUGGAAUAUGUAAAUAUUCGAAAUGCAGAUGCAGAGAGCUUAUACAAAUAUUUUGAAUUUGCAUUGGAAAAAUAUCAAUUGUCUAUGAAAAACGUAAUCGGGAUUUCAAUCGAUACCGCAAGCGUCACGUUGAAGAAAAAAAAAUCGUUUGUUUCGCUGUUAUUAAAAAGCAACCCUAACAUUGCCGUUUUUCCGUGCAUUUGCCACAAUAUACAGCUGCUUGCUUCCGAUGCGUGCGAACAUCUUCCCAAAAAUUUAGCUAAAUUAAUGUAUAAGGUCUACACCUAUUUCUCGCGAAGUUUAAAACGGCAACAGCGAUUACGGGAAAUACAAACGGAAAUGAAUCUGGCGAUGCAGGAGAUGCUUGAGCCAUCGAAAACAAAAUGGUUGGCAGUGUCAGAAUGCGUCGAUAGAAUAUUAGAGCAGUGGGAUGCGCUCAGAAACUAUUUUGAGAGGAAAGUGCAUGGCAUGUAUGAAAGUGAGUCGGAAUCGGAUGUAGCAGAAAGCUCAGAUAUGCCAAGAUUAAGUAUGAUAUCUACAGAGAUAAUGAAUAGUUUGCGCAGUUUAUACACCAAAGCAUUCUUAGAGUUCGUACAAUUUUCAUUGAAUAUAAUAACAAAAUUUAAUCAAAUAUUUAAAUCCUCAGAAAUCUUAGUUUUCAAUGUGUCGAAAUAUUGCGAUCAAUUUCUGCAAGAAAUAGGCAGUAAUUUCAUUAAGCACACGGUUCUGGCAACAGCUGAAAAUUUAAGUGAAAUAGAUCCGUUCAAAGUUGAGAAUUUAUUGCCUCCUGAAUCCAUUUAUAUUGGUGGAAAAGCACAACGUACAAUAGAGGAAAUUAAAGCAAUGACGACCGAUAACAAAGAACAAAGCAGACUUACCAAAUUUUAUGAAAGAUGUCAAAAAUUUUAUCAAACGGCAUACAGAGGAGCCGUGAAACGAUUGCCGAUCAACGAUGCCUUCUUGAAGGCUCUGGAGUUUCUCGACCCUUCUGUCGCGUUAGACAUCGAGAAACACACGAAUCAAUUAGAUUGUUUGAUAACUAAAUUCGGGGAGAAAUUUGACUGGACAAUAAUUCGAGACGAAUGGCACGCGCUUGGAUUUUUAACUAUCCGUGAUAAAGUUCUUAAAGAGCAAUUAAUGGGUUUAGGGAUUCACGCCUUUUGGCAGGAAAUUUAUAAUAUGUCUGACAUUGGAGCGAAAAGAAGAUUCGAAAAUAUUUAUAAUUUGGCAAUGACGUGCUUAUCUUUGCCUCACUCGAACGCAGACACCGAAAGAUUUUUUUCCAUGGUCAGCGAAAUAAAAACUGCGGGUCGUGAUCGACUUAAAUCCGACACAAUUGCUGCAUUAUGCAGAAUCAAAUUAGAAUUUAAAAAUACCGGCACAGUAUGUUCGAAUUAUAUCAUAAGCGAUGACUAUUUAAAAAAUUUUAAUCAAGAUAUGUAUAAAAUGGAACAAGUACCCAAAACAUAUAAAAAUCUUAUUGGACAAGAGACUAGCGACAGCGAAUAAUAUACAUAUUUAUAAAUAUGUCUGUAUAUAGGGUGUUCCGUAUCACGCAGCAUAUGGAACCCACUUUAGGAAUAGAUUCUACACAUAAAAACAAUAACAAAAGUUGUUGUGAAUGUGAGCAAAUACAGUGCGUUAAAAAAGAAACUCACUAUAAUUGAAAAACAAAGUCAAAGAGGAUACAAUAUGUUUAUAUGAACUCUGUUUUAUUGUUUUCAUGUGUAGAAUCUAUUCCUGAAGUGGAUCUCACAUGCUACGAGACACCUUGUAUUGUAUGUGCAAUGUAUUAUAUUGUAAACAUAUUUAUUAAUACUCAUAUCCAUAUAUAUAAUUUAUUAUACAUAAUACAAAACAUUUUGAGAUUGCAUUCAUUUAACUAAAA